CCGACAGACACCGUGUCAUCCUGAUCGAGUUAUAUUGAGUUGAAGUUUCUCCAUCCUCCGACUGAACCAUGUCUGGAAACAAGAACGGACCCCCCACCACUUCUCAAAAGCACCUGAACUUUGUCUCGGAGCCGAUGGGAAACCGGUCUGUGAGGGAUGUACCGGGGAUCGGAACCGCACACGGACGCACGUUGGAGGAGAAGGGCAUGCCUAGGGCUGACCAGUUGUUGGGUGAUUACCUGAAGAGAGGUCGGGAUCAAGACCAGUUCCAGGACAAUCUGAAGAAUACCACAGGGGCCAACACCAAGCAACAGAGAGACGCCUACAAUGGAAUGAGAGAGUGGACCGACAACAACCUGUAGAGGAGAGGAGACACUCCUCAUUCCUCUCUCUCUCUCGUUCCUCAGAUUGAACCAACAACAACCUGUAGAGGAGAGGAGACAGUCACAUUCUCUCCUCUUUGUUGUCUAUCCUCCUGUCUGUCUCUCUCUCUCUCUCUCUCGCCCUCUCUCUCAUAUAUUCCUGACAAGGCCUUUAGUCACAGAAUAGUAUGACCUCUGCUUGUACCCAAGUUAAAAUAUUUGCUAUUCAUGUAUUCUGUUGUGGAAUAAAUCUGGAAUGAAAUUGUU